AUGGAAAAUGAUCAUGCGGAUAUGUAUUUUGUAGUCGCCGAGUGAUCUAAAGUCAAUGGCUGUUGAAGCUGUUCUGCUGAUGCAAGGGAAAAUAAAUGAUGAAGAUGAUACCACUGUUUCAAUGCGGCUUCUAGUUCCAUCCAAGGUGAUAGGUUGUAUUAUUGGUAAAAGUGGCUCAAUCAUAAAUGAAAUUCGGAAGAGAACUAGGGCUGAUGUUCGAAUCUCUAAAGGUGAUAAGCCAAAAUGUGCUGAUGUGAAUGACGAACUUGUUGAGGUGGGUGGCGCAGUUGAUUGUGUAAGAGAUGCACUGAUCCAGAUUAUAUUAAGACUCAGAGAUGAUGUGUUGAGAGAAAGGGAUACUAGCCAUAAUCCUUCUAUAGGUAUAGGUGCCGAAUCCUUGUACUCAGGUAGUGCAGGUUUUUCAUUGCCAUCCGUGCUUCCUUCGGUCCCUCCUGUUGCUGCUCCAUUGGUUUAUGAUCAGAGGGCUGAGAGUGGAGCUGGCCUGGGCAUGCUUUCUUCAAGCAGCCUUUAUGGAUAUGGAUCUUUGUCGAUGGGAGAAAAUGGCUAUGGCUCUAUAUCCUCGUAUACCAACAAGCUAUAUGGAGGUUUACCACCUCCAUCAACUCUGGAUAUGUUGAUUCCAGCCAAUGCUGUUGGUAAAGUGCUGGGUAAAGGAGGGGCAAAUAUAGCCAAUAUCAGGAAGGUUGGUUUUGUGAUGUACUCAAAAGAAUUACUGUUAAAAAUUCCACAUCAUGUUGGAGUGAGUAAAGUGAUUCAAUUGGAAGAGAUAUCCAAUAAUUGGGAUGAUUCUGAGUCAUAUUGCUGA